UUAUUCCUCAAUGUAAAAGAUUCUGCAUUGCAUGCUCCAAUUCAAAGGAAAGCGGCCGAUAGAUCUGUGUUUGUUUUUAUAGAAAAUACAAUAUAUUGGCAAGUAGAGGCUUGAUUGGUCCGAUUCUAUAGGCUCGUAACUGUUUACGGCACGGAAUCUAAUUUGGGCGAGGCUCUCUGACUUAUCUUAGAUUGGCUCUCUAAGUGUAGGAGCACCAGAAUCCUCUUCAAAUUCCAGCCUGGAAUCCCGGAUCUUCUUCCUCUCCUUAUUUAUAUAUAUAUCCCAUUCCAAGCUACAACCAAAACUUGGGGCACAACAAACCGCAUUGGCAUCUUUCUCUGUCUAUUCCUCCCAAUGGCCUCACUUGCGUGCUCUGCUGAUGACCUACGCCCCCUACUAGGUAGUGUUGCCAAUGCCUCCGCCGCGGCAGAGUACAUCUGUAGCCGUUUUGAUGCGGUUUCCAACAAGUUCAUUGACACUGGCUACGCUGUGGACAACACCUACCUUCUUUUCUCCACUUACCUUGUGUUUGCCAUGCAGCUUGGUUUUGCCAUGCUCUGUGCUGGCUCUGUACGUGCCAAGAACACCAUGAAUAUCAUGCUCACCAAUGUCCUUGAUGCCGCUGCUGGCGGCCUUUUCUAUUAUCUCUUUGGUUUUGCAUUGGCUUUUGGGGCACCAUCAAAUGGCUUUAUUGGACAACAUUUCUUUGGUCUGAGUAGAUUCCCUACCCCGUCUUUUGAUUAUGGCUAUUUCUUGUUUCAAUGGGCGUUUGCUAUUGCUGCUGCCGGGAUCACCAGUGGUUCGAUAGCAGAGAGAACUCAGUUUGUUGCUUAUUUGAUUUACUCAUCUUUCUUGACUGGUUUGGUUUACCCCAUUGUAUCACACUGGUUCUGGUCUGCUGAUGGCUGGGGAAGCCCUACUAGAUCCAAUAAUCUCUUAUUUGGAUCCGGGGUCAUUGAUUUUGCUGGCUCUGGAGUGGUUCACUUAGUUGGUGCGAUUGCAGUUUCCACCACCAUAAACCUUUAA